CGAUAAUCCAAGUUCUUGCUGCCGCUGUCAACUCCUCCAGUUCACCCACACAGAGAGCUUCAAACUACCUCACCACCAUGCCUCCUGCCCAGAUCAAGCAGGAUCUCAACCGAUCCGGAUGGGAAACCACCGACUUCCCGUCAGUCUGUGAAAGCUGUCUCCCGGACAAUCCUUACGUUCAGAUGCUGAAAGAGGACUAUGGCGCAGAAUGCAAACUUUGUACGCGUCCGUUCACCAUCUUCCGCUGGAAGGCCGACCGCACCGCCCGCACCAAGCGCACCACCAUCUGCCUCACCUGCGCCCGCCUCAAGAACUGCUGCCAGUGCUGCAUGCUGGAUCUGUCCUUCGGCUUGCCCAUCGUCGUCCGUGAUGCCGCCCUGAAGAUGGUCGCCCCGGGCCCGGAAAGCACCAUCAACCGCGAAUACUACGCCCAGGGCCACGAGAAGGAGAUCGAGGAAGGCCGCGGCGCGGUCGAGGAGUACGAGAAGACCGACGAGAAAGCGCGCGAGCUGCUCCGCAGACUCGCCAACAGCGAGCCCUACUACCGCAAACAGCGCCGGAUCGAGGCGGCCCCCGAAGACGGGGAGGGUCCCGCCACAGGGUCCAGCGAGGCGCCCGUCGUCCACAGUCGGUACGGUAACGGGCCGGGUCCGAUUCGCACCAGCGAGAGCCGAAGGGGAACACCGCUGCCCGGCCGGGGCGGACGCGGAGCGGGAGGAGGAAUGCGCGGGGGACGUGGCGGGCGUCCCUUCCCCAGUGCGGCGCAGGUGCCGCCCUCCGCCGACGACAUCAACCCGCCCGCCGACCCCAACAUCACCUCGUUGUUCGUGACGGGCGUCGAGGACGACCUGCCCGAGCACGAACUGCGCACCUUCUUCACCCAAUUCGGCUCGCUCCGCUCCUUGAUCUGCUCCCACCGCGCCCACUCGGCGUUCAUCAACUUCGCCACCCGUGAGGGCGCCGAGGCGGCCGCCAAGCACUGCCAGGGCAAGGCCGUCCUCCAGGGUUGUCCCCUGCGCGUCCGGUGGGGCAAGCCCAAGCCGCUGGACAACAUGGACCGGGAGGAGCGGAUGAAGAACGCCCGCGAGGGCCGACAAGCCGUGGGCACGCGCCCCUCCGGCGAUGGCGGCAAGCGAGCCAUCACGGCGGCCGGAGAGGACCUGGCUAAGGAACAAAGACCCCAGAACUAUGCGGUGGCACCGCCCCCGGGUGCUGGCGAAAUCCAGUACUCCAGUUUGAACGGCGAUUAAACUCUUUUUUUGUUGACACUGGUUUUCCGAAGGACGGAGGGAGCUUCAUAUGAUGUAUGUUUGAGAGCGGGCGUUUUUGACUUUCUUUUUAUUUCUUUCAUAUUUUGUGUAUGCAUUUGUCUACCUUGUAGUUCUACAAACCAUGAAAUACCCCAAAGAGACGCCAGAAAGGAGAGAAGAGAGAAAACAAAAGGAAACUUCGGGUAUACUAUAAUAC